UGGACGAAACCAUUCACAUGCUUACUCACGCUUCCGUGCUCCUGUUUUGAGUUUUGACCUUCUUCCUACUCGGCCCCCUUAUCAUUUUCUUUCCCAGUUUGCCCAUCGACAACCUGAAAUGUCUUCUCCACCCCCAUACCUUCCUCCUGUAGAGGCCUCCGCCGAUCGGAAAAGACGCCGCGACGAGAUGGUGGAGAUAGAGGAGGAGGGGGAGUCGCCGGAGAUCUCCUCGCCCGAGGCCAAGCGCCUCCUCCUCGACAUCCUUGACGAUGACGCCGAUGCCGGAGACCAGGACCUCGCCUCCGUCAUGAAGAGCCUCGAGGAGGAGAUCGCCCUCCCCUCGCCGCCUCCGCAACCGCAGCUGCUCCCUCUGGCCGCGGUGGAGCAGCCCGACCUAGGGUUCCUCUUCGAGGCCUCCGACGACGAGCUCGGCCUGCCGCCGCAGGCCGACGAGCGCUGCGAGGCACCCGAGCCGGAGGUCGCCGAGGAGAGCGCCGGGUUUGGCCAGAUCUGGGGGUUCGACGACGGCGACCUGUGCGGAUACGAAGGGUUCGAGUUCGGGAUCCGGCCGGAGGAGCGGGCGGAGGCUGACGACGGGGUGGUGUUCGACGGCGGGCUGUUUGAUUACGCCGACGUGGUGCCCUGCGGGCCGUCCGAUUUCGCGGAUCUAUCGUGGCGGCCGGAGACGCUCCCGGCCGUCUGAUGACAGUCCGGACGCUUUUGUUCUUCCUUCUUUAAACCCCCCCCCCACUUCUUCAACUUUUCUUUUGUUCUUUUCCUUCUCUUUUGAGGAGCGGUAGGCGGUCGUUGUAAAGCUUAGAAAAAAGAAGAUGAAGAAAGAAGACGCGAGUGAACGAGAAUGGAACGAACGGUUUCGCACGAUAUUUCGAAGAAGGAAAUCAAUCUUUCGUUUUCUA